CGCCCAUCUCUAAGGAACGUCCAUCUCUUACGCUCCCGCAUAAGCAAAAAAAAGAAACAUUCUCUUCCUGCACAAAAAGGUGUAAUUCGGCAAUUUACUAUCUGAAAACGGGUGUAAAAUGAGUUCGGCUCGUUUUGCGCGUUCCGGGCGCGUCCGCAUCUGCAUCCUGAUGACCAUGUUCAUCGUGCUCAUCAUGAUGAUAGUGAUCUACCAAAUGUCCCAGCACCAAUUGGACGAGAGCCGCGCCUUCCAAGAGGGCCUCAGUGUCCAGAUGCAAUCUCUCAACGCCGAGAAACUGACCGCCGAGAAGAGGAUGAGCCUGCUGCGCACGGAGAAGAUGAGCCUGCAGGAGAAGUACGAGGGUCAGCUGGCGGAGGCUGUGCAAAAGCAGCAGGAAACAGAGCGCGCCCUUCAGGAGAAGUUCGACGCCCAAGUGGAGAAGUACAAGCUGCUGGAGUUCAAGUACUCUGACCUGGAGGCCGAGUGCCUCAAGAGCAAGAAGAAACACAUUGAGGACACGAACGCAUUCGACCAGAAGCUGCAAAAGGUCCUGGCCGAUUUGCACAAGGACAAGGCUAGCAAGGAGCACGAGGUGGCCGCCUGGAAGGAAAAGCUGGACAAACAACAGCGCGAAGGAGAGCAUAAGAUCCACGCGCUUCAGGCCACAAUCGCUGAGUUUAAGACCAACUGCAACUAUGUGCCCAAGGUUCAGCCUGCAGAGGCUCCGGCCCAUGACCACCAGCAGCAACUGAACAAGCCCGCCGAGCAGAUGCCCACCACACACCACUCGAAUCCCGCCCAGCUGGCGCACAGCAUUGAAAAGCCGCGCAACGAGAAGUCCUUCGAUGCCCAAGUGCAAGUGAGUGACGGCCUCUACAGGAUCGGCGGCGGGGUAAAUCUGCUAGCUACUAACCCAAACCAAAACCAAACAUCCGCUGCUACUAACGCCACAAUUAAGAGUAAUGGUGACGGAACCCAGGAGCAGCCACAGCAGCUGCCUCUCCUGCCCUUCGCCGUGCGCAACAACCACAGCCUCAUACUAAACUCUGUUGAAAACUUUCAGAUUGUGCCCAAAUCGCUCAAUGAGAAGCAGCAGCAGGAGGAGCCUCAGCUGUCCGGCGGUCCUGUUUCCCCGCUGAGCGCUCCCCGCAAGAGCAGCACACAGGCCUCCGUGAGCGGGCCGGUCGCCAAGAAAGCUGGCAAUGCUCCGGACGCAUCGGUGGCUCCAAAGGUGAGCAGCAGCAGCGGCCUUCCCCCUCUCGCAGUGCCGCCAGCCAAACCGGAUCGUAAACUUCCCGAAAACGUUGCUCCCAUUCCUGACAACUUUGAGGACAAGGCGGACACUAAGGGUGACGGUGUCGACGUAGACACCGCCGCCGAAGAGCUGCCCAAAAACGAGAACAACAAUCGCUACGCAAACGCCGUGAAUGACCUGGAGAGCAAUAAGAAUCUUGGUGUGGCACCCAAACCCCUCGAGGAUUCGGGAGCCCACGAGGUUAAAGAUGCGUUAAACGAGCCUAGCUUUAAUUUGCCAGCAGCGGCUGGAGCCGGCCAGAACUUCUUUGAUGGCGAACUGCCGGCUCCUGGUCCCGGGCCCGUACCCGAUGAGCCGGCCAAGCAGAUGGCCGAGGCAGCCGGUGCUGGCGGCGGUGGUGAAGGUGACGAUGACGACGAUGUGGGCGAUGUGGCCGUGAAGCAGCCACAGCAUCUACUCGAUUCAGACAAUCUUAACAACGAAAUCGUGGCUGACCAGGGCAAGGAAUUUGCUGAAGGCAUCCAUUUGGAGGAUGGCAUGGAUGAAGAUCAAGAUGAGGACGACUACUCCAAUGUUGCGGCGCGCAAGAAGGGGGACGAGGUUAUUAGGCAUUAAGUAACAGAAUUUUCUAUUAAUAUUGAGCGGCAUGUGUGCAAAGGCUUAGAAACCCCUUUAUAUUCAAGCCGUGCUCGGAAAUCCAUAGAUUUUAGGGAUCUGAAAGAUGGUUGGGAAUUCAGCGAACCAAUCAAUGAAUUUGUAUGAUAAUUGGAGAUUAUAAAUCGAAAUCUAUCCUGGAUGGAGCACGCCCUAAGCUACCUAGUUUGUAAGUAAAUUUCAACGUCAUGAAUACCAUCAUUUCGUUAAUAGCAAAUGAAAAUGAAAUCAAGAAAACUCGCAGAAAUACAAUACUCUUAUAUGGAAAUGAGAUUAAAGGCAGCUGCAGUUUAUUGUAUGAACUGCAAUUGAUUUAAAGUUAAGACUGGUUUGGUUCAGCUAUAAAAAAUAUUGGUCGCAAAAGUGGCAAAACUUGUUUCCAUUGCUAAAUCCCAAAUCAUUUCAUUCGUAAUUUUGCCAAUCUCAAAAAUAUACUCUUGCGCUUUCCAUCUGCGUA